GCCGGCCCGGGAGCCGCAGAGGCGCUGCCGGCGCCCGCUCGCUGUGCCCGCGCGUCGCUGCGGCCCCGCGCAGGACCGGCCGAAGUUCGACCCCCAGAAGCUGUCAUUCUACCGUAAAGGUCUCGUGUACGGGGGUCCCGUGGGUUCCCCCCUGCCCGCGGGGUUGGUGUGGUUGAAUGCGCCGAUGGAAGUUACUUGAGCCUGAAAUGAUUGAUUAUACUAAUGGUCACUGCAUAACUCUGAAGGGUGACAAAUGCUACUUGGAAUCUUCUCCCAGUGCCUGGAGGCAAAAGCAGAAACCAACCUCUGUCAAUAUCAAAUCACAGAAUCAGAAUUAGUACGGUUGGAAGGAACCACAGUUGGUCGUUUGGUCCAACCUCCCUUCUCAAGCAGGGUCAUCCUAGAGCACACUGCACAGGAUUGCAUCCAGGUGGUUCUUGAAUAUCUCCAGUUGAGGGAGACUCCACAACCUCUCUAGGGCAAGGCUAGGAUUCCCAACCAGCCUGAUCCCACCAGGAUUUACAAAAGCAUCACCAUUCAAAUGGAGCUGGGUUACAGUGCCUGUGCCUGCCCAGGUGCUGGUGUGAUACCCUCGGCCUGCCGGUGGAAGAUGGAAGCUGGAGGAAUGUAUCAUCAGGAUUUUAUGUUCCAGCAGACAAUGUUAAGAGUAAAAGAUCCUAAGAAGUCAUUGGAUUUUUAUACAAGGGUUCUUGGAAUGACACUGCUUCAAAAAUUUGACUUUCCUACUAUGAAGUUCUCACUGUAUUUCCUGGGCUAUGAAGAUAAAAACGAUAUCCCAAAAGAUAAAACGGAGAGAACACCUUGGACCUUUUCUAGAAAAGCUACACUCGAACUGACACACAACUGGGGCACUGAAAGUGAUGAAAAGCAGUCUUAUCACAAUGGCAAUUCAGAUCCCCGAGGAUUUGGACACAUUGGAAUUGCUGUUCCUGAUGUCUAUAAAGCUUGUAAGAGGUUCGAAGAACUAGGAGUGAAAUUUGUGAAGAAACCAGAUGAUGGUAAAAUGAAAGGACUUGCAUUUGUUCAGGAUCCUGAUGGCUAUUGGAUUGAAAUUUUGAAUCCUAACCACAUGGUGACUCUCACUUAAUUCUAAUGAAGUAUAGUAUAUAAGAGAUGCCCACUUGCAGUCCCCUGGCGAAAAUCUGUAACAGUGUUGGCGAAAUUCUUGUUUAAUAGGAUUCAGUCAUGUUCAGAGUCUCCUCUAAAACUAUCCCCUGGGACUUGACUGUACUUGGAUUCCUUUUUUUUCUUGUCCUGUGAUGCCACCACAAUUUGUUUCCAUGUAGGAAUACUGAACCAUUUUCUGGAAGAGCACUUACACAGAUUCUCCUCUUGAACAUUGAUUAUGUUAAUAUUUCACUAAACACUGUCAAAAGAUAUGUUGACUGGAAACUCACUGCAUCCCACACUGCUUAGAUUUAAACUAACAACAAAAAGUCCUCUGUUACUACUGAUGAGCUUCAACAAGGAAGAAAAAAAGAAUAUUUUUGAAGUAAAAAGAUCCUGAAGACUUCAUGCCCUAUCAUGUAUACUAGAAUGUAUAAAUAAUAAAAUGUCAGGUGAACUUUGACUUAAGUAGUAGCAUGUUUAUCGAAGUUCUAAUCUUAUAUUAUAUUAGGCAAACCUCUUUAAGGAGCAGCCUUAAACAGUCUUGAAACAAGAAACUGUGGAGGCAAUCAGUCCAGCAGAAAGAAUUCAGUCUUGCAGCUCCUGACUGCUGAUUUACAGCCAAGAUAAGAGGUCUCAUAGCUGCUAACUCACAGUGACCCUUCUUGUCUCUUUCAACACUAUGAAGAACUUGCUCAUAAUUUUUGUUUCAAUGCAAGGCUGGGGCUGUAUUUAACUUCAAUGCUCUGUACAUUCUGCAUUGGGAAAUUAAUAAAAAUAGUAUCUGAAACAACA